AAACUUGAAAUAGCUUUUAAGAAAUCUACAUUUAUGUACUCUGACUGAAAAUCACGUCUGCUGUCGAGCGUGGUUUCGUGCUACGUCGUGUUCUUUCGAUAAUUUCCGUUUUGAUUCGGUAAUUUCCGCUUGCUCUCCUUCCUGUGUUGAUCCCCCGUCCCCAGUAAAGGCACUCGGAGGCCAUUAUCCUGCAACCAUUUUCUUUUCUUUCAUACCUGAAGAAAAAUAAAUCGUUUUUAUAAAUCAAUUAUUUAUUCGUGCAAGUUGACCAAGCGCUCGUUGGACACCUGCACCUUUACAAAUCGUGAGGGACGCGCACCUCGCCUCGACAAUCCUUCGGAUAAUUUCGGCUGCUUUCGUGCGCCGCUGUUUUGAAAUGGACGCGACUGAACCGGCGGCGAAGGCACUCGAGCUGGGCGACGCGUCUGAGGACGUGUCUGCGGGAGAGGCGGUAGGUUCGGAUACCGAGUCGGAGGCCGAAGUCGCCACGAUGACUGUGAUGGGAGAAGCGGGAAACAUCGACAUCACCGAAUCCCUGCCGAACCCAGACGAUGCCGAAGCGGCGUUUGCGGAGGUGACAGCCGUCACAGUUGGGGAUGUCCAGAGCUCAGAUGAAUCUGUGUUCACAUCUACAGUCGCCACAGCAGCGUCCAUCCCUGAACACGUGCUCACAGGCAGAACUACGCUUCAGAUCGGAGACAGUCUGAGUACCCAGAAGGCCACGCUGAUCGUGGUGCACACGGAUGGGAGCAUCGUGGACGCCACAGGGCUGAAAGGCACCGCAACACCUAUGACACCUGGUCCUCAAACCCCGAGCACCCCUCUGACGUCUGGACACGAUAAGGACGUCUCUAAGUACAACUGGGAUCCGUCGGUUUACGACAACGAGCUCCCCGUGCGCUGCAGGAACACCAGCGGGAUUCUGUACAAAAGCAGACUGGGCUCAGGGGGCAAAGGGCGCUGUAUCAAACACAACAAUAACUGGUACACCCCGACAGAGUUUGAGGGUAUGUCAGGAAGAGCCAGCAGCAAAGACUGGAAGAGAAGUAUCCGCUACGCCGGCCGACCUCUACAGUGUCUCAUUCAGGUCAGACCAGCCUUUGGAGGCCACACACACACACUCACACACACACACACACACACACACACACACACACACACACACACGUGUACGAAGGACGGAUCUUUCGAAGGAGAGGACGUCUCCAUGACGGGCCCCGUCAGACUGUUCGUCCCUUAUAAAAGAAGGAAGAAGGACAGCGAGCGGGCAGCUUCUCCUGAGAAGAAGGAAGUUCAUUCUCCAAAGAAUAUCACCCUGGCUCCUGGAGCAACAUUUACAAUGACUCCGUCUGGACAGAUCACCACAUCAGGCACGCUGACCUUUGACCGAACGGCGACAGGAGAGACGGCAGCCAUCAUCUCCGACAGCCCUGUGCCCACUGACGUCUUCACCAACACAACCGUGUUGGCCACCCUUCCUGCGCUGGCGGUGGUGCAGUCUAAACCCUUUCCGGCGGGGCCGCUCAUGAACGGGCUGGAGAUGGCCGAGCAGCGCACGUGGCUUUACCUGGAAGAGAUGGCCAAUACGCUGCUCAACAACGUCCAGCAACUCAAAGUCCUCAUCGCACAGGCCAAACAAGCCAGUCAGAGCGGAGCGCAUGCCGAAAUCAGCCCCGAGAAAAACAGCAGCGUCAGGAAAGAGUCCUUUCAGAGUCAGUUGUCACUCAGUGAAGAACCUGAGGGGAAAAUCACUGAAAUUAUCAUUAAGCACACAUGUGUGAACUGCGGUCGAGAGGCGUCCAGUGAGUGUACAGGCUGCCAUAAAGUCCAUUACUGCUCUGGCUUCUGUCAGCGGAAGGACUGGAAGGAACAUCAGCUGAGCUGCUGUCUGCCGGGCACGACCGUCGACAUUCAGGAGGACACUCAGAUGGCCGGUGUGGAGAAAGGGAAAGCCUAGCGUUCUCACUGCAGGACCGUCAGUGACGUAUGAAGUUUAGAUGGGUGAUCGCUUCCGUUCAUGUGUUUUAGUUUAGCUAUAAAGCCUCAUAGUAACAGCUCCCUUACACACUGUGAAAUAUAAAGCAUACAUGGAUGACGUCUGUACUUUCUGUACCAUUUGAACGGUUUCACCAUCUCACUAUGGGUUUUGUAUGUGAAAAUAAUCCUUAAAGGGAAAGUUCACCAAAAAUCAUUUCCACCCUCAUGUUUUUCCAAGCCUGUAUGACUUUUGGAACACAAUGUGUUGUGUCCGAGCUCAUAAUUUCCAUAAAAUUAAGACAUAAAAUUACCCGUUUUUAAGCUCUUAAAUGGAAAAAAAAAAAAACGUAAUCCACUUGAGCUGAAAUUUAAGAUAUUCACUGUGUUGUAGCUCUCAAAUCUAUGAAAGCUU